UUGACAUUUGACAGUAACUUGUGAGUCGACUUGAAUUUAUGAAAAUAAAAGUUUAGUGUUCAUUAUUUCUUUUCUACAGCUUUCAAAGUUAUUCAAUAAUAAUUGUUAUUUAAAUUUUGAGGUAAAAUAAAAGGCAUGGACAAGUACAGUUUAUGCCGAUGCUGUUUAGCACAGCCGCCUGAUAAACAACUUAAAACGACAUAUACGCGUCUCGGAAAAGCUGAAAUAUAUGGAGAUAUGCUGAAAGAAUGCUUUGAAAUACAUCUACCAUUAGGCAACAGUGUAGAUGAUGGAAUAUGUGAUGAGUGCGUCUCAAGACUCUGCAAUGCUGCUGACUUUAAGAAACAGGUCAUCAGCUGUCAAAAGAAAUUUCAGACUACUCUUACAAAGUUAAAUGUCAAAGAUGAAAUGGAUGACACAUUAGUAAAACUGGAAUAUUCCGAUCUUGAGGAUGGGAAUAAUCAUUUUGACUAUGACUUUGAGGAGGAAUUUCUGGAUGAUGAAUUAGUUAAAAGAGAAGAGGUUCUUUCCAAGAUUAUUAGUCUUGAAGAUGUCACCAUAGAGAAAAAAAUAGUAAAGAGGAAUGUUAAAAAUCUUAUCCUAGAAGAUUGCCCUAAUGAUUCAUGUAGAAAAAUAUCACUUGAAAACAUUAAAUCGUCUAACAAACAUGUGAAAUUUCAAUUCUUAAACGAUAAAAUCAAACAGAUAAAUAAUUUAAAUAACAUAUUGAAGUAUUCCAAUUGUUUACCGUUCUCGCAUAAGACAAUAAUGGGCAUAGGUUGUGCUUUUUGUAAAAACAUUUAUCAUGAUAUAAACGAAUUGCAAACACAUUAUAUAGAAGUACAUAAGAAUACAAAUAAUAAUGAAUAUAAGAAAGCUAGAAAAGGUGAAGUAACGUUAAAAAUUGAUAUAACAGAUUUAAAAUGUACAUUAUGUGAUAACAAAAUCAAAUAUAUAAAAGAUCUAAAAAAACAUUUGACAAUCCAACAUAAUAUACAAUUCUAUCCAAUAAACGACAGUAUAUACGAAUUCAAAUUAAAAACAACACAAUUAUAUAAUUGUGUGUUAUGUAAUUCAACAUAUGAAACAUUUAAAACUCUACAUCAACAUAUGAACGUACAUUACAGAUAUUAUAUAUGUAAAAUAUGUGAUAUGGGGUAUAUGAAUCAGUAUAGUUUAAAAGCACAUAUGAAAACUCAUGAUAUAGGUACAUUUAAAUGCGAUCAUUGUGAUAAAAUAUUUAGUACACUAGUUAAAAAGAAAUUCCAUGAAAAAUAUACACAUAAUAAAGCAAUAAGAUAUAUAACUAAUUGUCCACACUGUGAAUUAUCAUUUACUAGUUAUUAUCAACGGAAUAGACAUAUAUUUAACGAACAUAAUACAUCUAAUUACAAAUGUAAUGUAUGUGAUAAGACAUUUAUAUUAAAAUCAAAAUUAACCACACAUAUAAAAAAAAAUCAUUUAAUGGAAAGAGAUCACAUAUGUACCGUUUGCGGGAAAGGUUUUUUUAUGAAACGACUUUUAAAUGAACAUAUGAUCACACAUAACGGUGAAAGAAUAUUCAAAUGCGCGAUGUGUAAUAAAGCGUACGCAAGAAAAAGAACUUUAAGGGAACAUAUGAGAAUUCAUAAUAAUGAUAGACGUUUCAAAUGUGGAUUAUGUAGUUUGGCUUUUGUACAGAAAUGUAGCUUAAAAAGUCAUAUGCUGUCAAAUCACGGUUUGACAUUAGCGGAAUUUGAGGAUAGUCAAAAUGGAGUAACCAAUUUAUAGUGUCACAAAAAUGGGAACAAUAGCGGCGCUAGGGUAGGGCCAUGUUGGGUGACCGCCCAGGGCGCAGAGUAUAAGGGGGCUAGUUUUGGAUAUAAAGGGGAGUCUUCGGUGUCCCCUAAGUUACCCUAUCUUUAGAAGAUUUCUACCGACACCAGAAAAAAAGAAGCUGCCGGCAAUACUAAUACCGGCCCUGAAUGAAGAGAAAAACUGCCUUUUGCUCACUACAGAUGUCAGUAUUAUGAAAAUUGACAGUGGCACUAAAUAU